AUGCAAUUCUUGUGCCAGUACGAUAUCGUAGCUUCAGCUCUUGCCACACACGUGGCUGAUGUGGCGGAGACUGAGCAGCAGCUGGAACUGGCGGCUGGCGCGUUGGCAAGGCACUUGAUGAGUGAUGCAGUAGAACAGGACGCGCUCCGUGCGGAGCUCAUGGAGGGCAUCCGAGCCGCUGACCCCGUGAGAAUGCGUUGCGCGGUGAACCGAGGCGAGGUCGAAUUGGUGCCUGGAGCCCUGCAUGGAAGUUCCAAGGGUCCCAAGGAGAGCUUGGUGAAUCCAGUGGAGUGGGCUGUCCUGGAAGGUUUCUACAAGGAAGCAAUCUUCCUCUUGGAGCUCACGGACGGCCACGUCGCCUUCAAUCGCGAUGAGGAGUGUAGCACCUUGCAGGUCGUGCGCAUGGCUGAAAGGUGCCAACAAGCAGUGGUUGUAGCUUGCGUUCGAGGCCAAGUGAAGCUCCUGCGAGAGCUUCUGCAGCGUGGUGCGGAUUGCGCGCAGCGCGAAAAGCUGACGGGUUGUACUGCACUACAUGUGGCGGCUCGCAGUGGUGAGGAGGAGGCCGCGGCGUUGUUGCUGGAGCGUGGUGCGUGGUCUUUGGAGAAUCGGAAGGAAGAGGUGCUGAAGCAUGCUGAGGCGCACCGUCUCCAGUGCAUCAUCGAUGCAGCAGGCUUGGCAGCGCAACAGGAGAAUGCAUUAGAUCCAAAGCUGCCAGAGUUUCACGAGGUGAUCCAGGUGCUGUCAUCGGCGAAGGAGGAAGAUCGUGCAUUGACCUGGGCAGAGAUCGAAGAGAGGAGUGUCCUUGCUGCUCGGGCCAGGCCAACGACCUUGCCUGGCUAUGUCCCCGAGUCGGCCGAGGGUGUACCAUGGGGACCCUUGCACACAGUUGCCGAGGCCCGGCGAGCCCAAAAGGAAUUGCUGGGCCAGCUCUCGAAAGCCAUCCGCAAAAGCGAUGUCAUUGGCGUCCAAGUUUUAGUGCAGCGCGGAGCUCCAAUGGAGGUGAACUUUGACCUAGGAUAUGGAGAACAUGGCAACUGUGUCGACUUGGCUGUUGCAUGUGAAAAGCCUGGGAUGGCACUGACGCUUUUGGAGAUCGCGGAUGCGAAGCAAGUAGGAGAGGCUUUGGCACAGAACUCUAUUCCUGCAUUCUUCUGGUCCGUUCUCCGCGGAUAUUGUGAUGUAUUGGAAGGCGCAGUUUGA